CACCAUCGGGAGAUUUGGGUUGAAAUAAUGUCUACUAAAGCUUAGUAAUGUAAAAAACAACAACACUUAAUUGUGGUGGAACCACUUAAUUGUGGUGGGUGAUAAAAAAAGGGCCAUUAAAAAAAGACAUUUAACCACUAAUAUUGGGCAGUGCAUCCCCCGCCGGUCCACCAAAGUCUGAAGCAACUAUGGCUAUGGUACUUUUACAUCUUAGGCGGCUCUUGCUGGUGGCACUGACCGCUCUGGCUGGGAUGUGUCUGGGAGGGUCCGACGGGCCCCGUGGAGUGGCUCUUCCUUUUGUCUUUGACCCCAAUGCGAUGUGUGACCCACCUUGCAAUCAUGCCGGGAUUUGCAUCCGAAACAACAGCUGCUUCUGCUCAAGAGGAUAUGAGGGAGAAACCUGCCAAUAUGCAAACUGUUAUCCAAAGUGUAAAAACGGUGGAGAGUGCCUUCGACCUGGAAAAUGCAGAUGCCCUUCAGGAUUUGGAGGAAAAUACUGUCACAAAGUGGUUUGUGAUGGUGGCUGUUGGAACGGUGGUGAGUGUAUUGCUGUGAAUGGAGAAGCAAAGUGCAUCUGUCCCUCCAGCUGGACUGGCUCCAGAUGCCAAGACGCGAUCUGUCCACAGGGAUGCAGGAACGGGGGCAGCUGUGUGGCUCCUGGAAUCUGCAGCUGUCCAGAGGGAUGGAUAGGUGGAGCCUGCCACACAGCUGUGUGUAAAAACCGUGUCUGA